UUCAGAUUCUGCUCGGGAGGACCGCCAGAAUUCUACUACAACGAAAGUGGUCAGGCUUGCGUGAUGUCGUCGCCCCGCGGGACGGGCCUCUGCAACAGGGGUCGGAACCGCUUCACAUCAAUGCAGAGCUGCCGAACACAGUGCGUGGACAGAGAAACGCCAGCAGCGUUGUGCUACCGAAAAGCAGUUUUGGCAGAAUGCCAGGCCCGAGACGUCCGCAAGACUUGGUGGUGGCACGUGGAUGGCAAGGGAUGCCGCCGCUGGCGCUUUCCCGAAGGUCACUGCCCGUCGCUGGAAGCAGAUGUCUUCCGCACUGCUCAGGAGUGCGUCCGCAGAUGCGUCGACAGUCGCGUGCCACCGUGCCGCGUGCCGAGCGCUGUUCCCUGCGAAGUCAAGCAUCUGCACUACGGCUACAUCGCUGUCGAAGCGACGCACGGUGAAAAAGCCAGGCGUUGUCGUGCGUUGCCGUCUGCCGGCGACGGAGGCACGCUGCAGCAUUGCCUCGCCGGUGCCAACAGGUUUCCGACAAUGGAGGCCUGUCGGAAGAACUGCAUGCGCGGUCGUGUCUAACCCCGGCUGUUCCAAGGAAAAGUGUACGUUGGCGUACACAUCGACAAUACAAGGG